AAAGGCUUAACGGCAACGGAGAGCUGGCCGCCAUCAAGGUGAUCAAGCUGGAACCAGGCGAUGACUUCGCCAUCAUCCAGCAGGAAAUCCUGAUGAUGAAGGACUGCAGGCACCCAAACAUCGUCGCGUACUAUGGCUCCUACCUCAGAAGAGAUAAGCUGUGGAUCUCCAUGGAGUAUUGUGGAGGGGGUAGCUUGCAGGACAUCUACCACGUCACCGGACCCCUGACGGAGGUUCAGAUAGCUUACAUGUGCCGGGAGACGCUCACCGGCCUCUCGUACCUGCACAGUAUGGGGAAGAUGCAUCGUGACAUCAAGGGCGCGAAUAUCCUGCUGACGGAGUGCGGGGACGUCAAACUGGCGGACUUCGGGGUGUCAGCUCAGAUUACGGCCACCAUCAACAAGAGGAAGUCCUUUAUUGGCACUCCAUAUUGGAUGGCGCCGGAGGUGGCAGCGGUGGAGAGGAAAGGUGGUUACAAUCAACUCUGUGAUAUUUGGGCGUGUGGCAUAACUGCUAUAGAGCUAGCCGAACUGCAGCCACCGAUGUUCGAACUCCAUCCAAUGAGGGUGCUGUUCCUCAUGUCGAAGUCCGGCUUCAAGCCGCCGCAGCUGAAGGAGCGUGAGCGCUGGUCGCAGCUGUUCCACGCCUUCCUCAAACUGGCGCUCACCAAGAACCCCAAGAAGCGGCCCACAGCCGACAAGCUGCUGCAGGUCGGUCACCCAUCCUGCUGCAGCCGCCAAGAUAGGUGCUGCACUCAGCAGCCACAUACGAAGACACGACCUACGUGAUAUAGCGAUCCAUCAGCAUAUUUCUAGUGUCUAAACUUGUAUAGCUAAUUGAGCAGCUGCUGCAGUUCGGUCACCCAUCCUGCUGCAGCCACGGACAAAGGUGUUGCACUAACAACCCAAAGGACGCCAGGAUCUGUCAGCUCAUUUGUCUGUGUCUAUAGCUCGCGCGCCACCAAGCUUGAUCGUCAGUUGUUCAGCUGUAAGUGUGUAUAGCUGACAAGCUGCUGCAAGUCGGUCACCCAUCCUGAUAUAGCCAUGGCGAACGGUUCACGACAAAUCCAUAGGACGCCACGAUCUGUCAGCUCAUUUGUCUCAGUGUCUAUAGCUCGCGCGCCACCAAGCUUGAUCGUCAGUUG